UUUGUAGUAGUGGUGGUCGUACUUCCCUUGUUAUAAUUUGUAAAUUGUUAGCCGUAAAUUAAUGCCUUUCACACACAUUUUUUCUGCUAACUUUUUUUUUACGUAGGCCUAAAUGGUGAUCUCCCGCCUAGAAUAAUUUGGAGAUGUGGGUCUGGCAAGAUCCCAAAUCUCUGUUGAAAGAUGAGAACAACUUCGAAGGUGGGCAGGGCAGGUAUGGGGGUUUAUAGGGAGAGGGAGUUGCUUUUGCUGCAAAUGGGCUUCCCCAAAUCUUUGCUCACGGGUCCUGCGCCAGGAGUUCGGCAUUGUGGCCCGGCCUACUAUCCGCUUGUUCUUGGAAUCAGCGUCAGAGAGCAGCUGAGAGAGGCUUAACAUUUCAAACGUCUGGCGGUAGGCUGCAAAGUUUCCACCCUGAAAAACACUGUGAUGUAGCAGCAGCAGCAGCAGCAGACUGGAGCAGCACACCACACCUCACGGCUUGGUGUUUAAUAGGAAUUAGUGUGCUGUAAAGUUGUGGCGCACGGCCUCUCUAAACCCGGAAUCACACUCUUAAUGCUCGUUUUAGUUUCUGUCUGAUGGAAGCUUAUUUAUUUCAAUUAGGAGAACCUGUUGCAGUCUAUGCGUGUUAUGUUGCAGCAGUGUUGGAAUUAUAUUUCUUAAUUCUCAAGUCUAUUUCUGUGUUUUAAAUGUGUGCGUAAAACACCACCACCGUUGUGAUUCAUCAGCUCUCCUGAAAUUUUAAUACGAACAUUUUGACAAUUAUUUCUUCUUUUUUUGUAAUUCUACUUUAAUAGGCUAAGUAACUAUCAUAAUCACCUUUAAUUAGUUGUAUCUUGAUUUAAAAUCCUUUUAGGUAAAAGUCAGCUCAGCGUUAGCGGCAACAUCACGGAUUAAAAGUGGGAUUCCAGUGUUAUUAGUCAUAGAUGUUCUCUCAGCUCGAAGGAAGCCUGCAGCUGGAGAACAGAGUAAAGCUUGAUGUACUAAAAUCCGAAGAAGUUGUUGACGUGACAAGUCCUGACGGAUGCGCUGGGCAGCGCGGCUGCCGCGGGGACGGAGGGGAGAAUAAAGUGACCCUGUCUCCAGAGCGCCAUCAGCAGAAACCACGCAAGAUGACCCGGAGCCCCAAAUGCGCCCGCUGUCGGAACCACGGCGUCGUUUCGUGUUUGAAAGGCCACAAACGCUUCUGCCGCUGGAGGGACUGUCGCUGUGCCUGCUGCCUGCUGGUGGUGGAGCGGCAGCGCGUCAUGGCAGCGCAGGUCGCACUGAGGCGGCAGCAAGCUGCGGAGGGUAAGAGAGGGGUCAGGUGUGCAGCUCCGUUGCGGAGGACAGCAUAUCAGCGUUACACGAGAGUAGCCGAGCCGAGCAUCCUGGCUAAAAGCAUCCUGCAGGGGCUCAAACCGGUGGAGCCGUUGGAGGACGACACCUCCUGCUGGUCAAAGCAGACACAGCGCGACCAAACACACUUUAUGUGUCCCCCCAUCAGCGCCCGGAUGAGGAAGAGGCGAGCCUUCGCAGACAAGGAGCUGGAGAAGGUGAUGCUGGAGCGGGAGCUGAGAACGAGAGAGCUGCAGAGCGACCUUUGCUUCUCCUCCUCAGCCCUUGUCCCCAUGCUUCACCCUCCACCCCUGCCUGUCUCCCCUAGUCUCCACUGCUGUCUUCUUAAUGAGGACCCCACUGCUGCAGGGACGUCCAGUUAUGUGCCUGUGUAUAAAUAUAAGCCUUUUUAUGAGUGUGACUUCCAGUUCUAUCAGUUCUUCCACCUAAAGAGCAGGUCUUCCGCAGAAGGUGACUAUAAUGACUUCGUAUGCCAAAGCUCAGAGCAAACCAGGGAAAAUAAAGAGGUGCAGAAUAGCUGGAAAGGCUUUGAGAAGAAAGAUCGACCAGAGCUGAUACCUCUACCAUCACAACAAAGACUCAAACAUCAUGGCAGUUCCCUGUCAGGUCUAGACCUUGUCAAAUCCCCUUCAAAACCAACAGAAAUGGACUCAAAUGGCUCUUCAAUCAUCACACGCUGUAUUUUUGGAUCAGAUCAGGGUAUCCUGGACGGGCAAGACAUCAGUGCACCCAGCAGGACUUUUGAUCCCAGACCUCUGACUGCUAUGGGCUGGUGCGCAGACACUCCUGCCGACCAGGCAGGUGCUCAUGCCGACUCUGUCAAGGGCCCUCAUGCCACCACAGUCAGGACUCCCACUGUGAGGCCAUUACCUUUCUCUGUAGAGGCUCUGCUGAGGGCCUGACAGGCAAAUGGAAAGCAGCGGAGUGCACUUUGUUUAUGUGCGGACUAAGAAUUAAUGUUCAGUGAAUAAAUAUUAAAAUGGCCAGGUGUAUUACAGGUUUUGAAACACUUCUCUUGACAAGGGCUGGUUACUAUAAAGUGGCAAUAGGCGAAAUAUUUAUGAAAAUUUUCCAGAACAUGAAUUACAGUGUUUGGGUUUUUUUUCUUAUUUUUCAUGAAAAUGUAUAUAACUAUAUUUUAACUAUAAUUACAAAUAUAACAAUGGAACAUAUAUAUGUAUUUGAUUACUAUAUUUUAAUUUGUAUGCCUACAUUGAGCAUAUUUUGUACACUUUAAAAAUGUAAUCCUUUUUUAUACUCUUCUGUCAGCAAUGCGGUGGAAAUAUACUGAACUGCUCUGCAUUGACCCUCUCACAUCAAUCUUAUUUUAUUCUCUUUUCCUGCAGAAGAAAUAUACAGUACAUCCAUAAAACAAAGUUGAUGAAAAAGUCAAGUAGUGUUUGAACUUGUGCCCAUUUCUUACUUUAUGCUUUGAUUUUUUAAUCAAAGUGUACAUGUGGAUGGCUGGUUUCUGCGUUGCUCUCGGGCAUUGCAGUGUCAAAACAAACCAGGUGCUGCUUAGAAAUCUGUCUUUAAUCAUAUGAAAACUAACAAUGAAAGGAGGAACAUGAGGUGAAGCAGGUGGUGACAGCUAAAGGAGCAAAGAUUUUCCAAAAAUGUUUCUGUAAUAGCACAGAAAGGGCUGACAGCAAAAAAAGACAUAUAACUGAUAUUUUUCCAUCUGUCCUCUCUUUUUACCAAGUGAGAAUUAUGUAUUCAUUAUUUAUUGGUAUUUCAUGAGCUCUAUUGUUCUCCAAAUGUAAGACAUUUUGUCAGACUGCAGUCUAUCAUUAUGAAUGUAUAACCUUAAUAGAGUAUAAUUUCAGUAAACCAGCACAAUGAGUGAAGAUAGGAAAUAUUCACCAAAGAGUGAAUGGGAGGGUGCCAGCGUUGCCUUGGCAACAUUGUUCUUUACUGUAUGCUGAGCCUGACGCCGGCCGAGUUUGUUUGAACACGCAUUUGAUCUAUAUCCACUUUCCACUUUUUCUCUUCUCCUCCGUUUUUUGUUCUGCACUGUAAUCUCGCAGAGAUGGAGGUCAGAUACUUUUGACAACUCUGGACCUUGUGGCGUCAACACAGAGGUGAUAGCGCGCUGCUCUGCGUCUGUGUUUGCUAGUAUAUACCAGCAUAUCAGAAUGCCUUUCUCCUCGUCUUUUCACAGACAGACAGAGAGGGGAGACUGGCACAAAGGAAGAUGAGGUUGUGAGCCUGAAAGCACUGAAUAUGUGCCAUUGUUUUUUAUUGUAAAUUAUCUCCGCUGAUUUUACAAUAAAACCUCUUCCCUGCA